CAUGUUUGGACUGGUUUUAACAUGUUUUGUAAUGUUUUGUGUCUAACUGUCUAUGUACAGCACAUAUUGACUCAAUAUUUUCAUAAAUUUUUCACUCACAAUUGAGUUAUCUUGAAAAUAAAAUAAAACAAUAAUCAAUUUAAUAAAAGAUUAUAAUCGAAAAUGGGUAAAAAAACAAAGAAGUUUAUUGAUAAAAAAAAUUCAAUAACAUAUGAUAUUGUUCAUCGAUCUCAAAAAGAUCCUCUUGCUGCUGAUGUAGAAGCACCUCAACGUGUUUUAUUACCACGUGAAGAAUUGAUAAAUCAUGGUAUAUACUAUGAUGAUGGUUAUGAUUAUUCAAAACAUUUAAAAGAUACAAAAGAUCUUGGAAGUGAUUGGGAAAGAAUUGAAAAAAAAAGUAAUUUACCAUCAUCGGUAUUUGCAUCAAUUGCUGAAGAAGAAGUUGGACUUCUUAAUAAAGCAGCACCAAUAUCUGGACCACGACCAGAUUUAGAUCAUGAAAUUGUUGCUGCUAUGGAUGAUGAUUUUGAUCAUGAUGAUCCUGAGAAUGAACUUGAAGAUGAUUUUAUAACACUUGCUAAUGCUCAGGGAUCAGACACAGAGUCAUGUGAUGAUGACUCAGGUUCUGAUGUAUCAUCAGGUGAUUUUGGAUUAUCUGAUGAAGAAAGAGAUGAACUUGGUAGUUUACAUGGUCAUGGAUUUGAUAAAGAAGAAACAAAGUCAAGAUUUACUGAUUAUUCCAUGAGCAGUAGUGUCAUCAGUAGAAAUGAUGGAUUGACACAACUUGAUAGAAAAUUUGAUAAGAUGUAUGCUGAUUAUGAUGAAAUUGAACAAGGACCACUUGAUGAAAAUGAAAUUGAAGGAUUUAUUAGUGCUGAUGAUGCUCGUGUACUUCAGUGUGUUGAUGAAUUUGAAAAGAAACAAACAGAAGCAAUUGACAAUAUUGCAGAGUUAAUGAAAGAUCGUUUAAAAUUUUUAAAUCAUACAAAUGAUUCAAGUAAUGAUGAUGAAGAUGAAGAUUUACAUCGUAUAGCUGUUGAACCACGUGGAAGAGAUAAAUGGGAUUGUGAAACUAUAUUAUCAACUUAUAGUAAUAUUUAUAAUCAUCCAAAAUUGCUUAAAGAACCAACAAAACAUAUUGAACAAAUAAGAAUUGAUCCAAGAACAGGUAUACCAGUAAAUGUACUUGAUGGUAGACCUGGUAAAUUAACAGCAAGAGGUCUUGCACAAUUAAAUCUUGAGUAUGAUCAAGCUAGAGGUAGAAAUACAAGUCAAUCAAUUGCUGAAACAAUGAGAUCAACAUUAAGUAUAUUAAGUAUACGACCAAAAAAUGAAACACCUGAAGAUCGUAAAGAACGUAAACAAGCUCUUAAAGAUUACAGAAAGCAAAGAAGAAUUGAACGUAAAGCCAACAGUGAGGCAUUUAAAGAAGAAAAAAAGAGACAAGAAAAAGUUAAUAUUAAUAAGAGAAGAAAUCUACAAUGUAGACGUGUAUUGUAAACAAAUAAUCAUGUAUUUUUUUUUUCUUCAAAUAAAUUCAUCUCAAUAUUGAUAAAUUAA